AUGAAGGUUUUCGUCUGUAUCUUAGCGUAUUUGGCGGUCGCCAGUGCAGGAGGUGGUGGUUAUAUACCACACGGUGGUGGUGGUGGUGGUUAUGCCGGCUACGGUGGCAGUAGCUCUGCUGGAUCCUCCAGUUAUGCCAGUUCUGGUGGACUAACGCAUUCAGCCGGUGGCGGGGCUGGUUAUGGUGGCGGUGCUGGCUAUGGUGGCGGCGGUGGUUAUGGUGGCGGCAGACAGUAUGCUGGUGGUUUUGGAAAAGGAGGUGGUGGAGGCGGUGGUGUUUCCCAUGUCUAUCGCAAAAGUGGCGGUGGUCUCGGCAGUAGUGGUUGGAAAAGUGGUGGUUCAUCAAUCGGUGCUGGCGGCUAUGGUGGCGGCAGGGGUAGUGGCUUUGGUGUCGGAUAUGGCGGCGGGCGAAAAGUUGGUUUGUAUGGCGGUGGUAUUGGCGGCGGUACUUCGUAUGGCAGUGGUGGAGGCGGUGCUGGUUUUGGCGUCCCUCAAGGCGGUUAUGGUAGCGGUGGUUCUUCAUAUGGUGGUGGCGCAAGUUCCGUUGCCAGCUCUAGUGCCAGUUCUUCUGCUAACUCAUAUGGCUCGUCAGGUGCUGGUCUCUACGGCGGUGGUUCAAGUGGAUAUGGUGGUGCUGCAGGAUUGGGAGGCUAUGGCGGCUCCAGUGGAAGUGGUGGAUAUGGUGGAUACGGGGGAUCGCAUGGAGGCUUGGGAGGCUAUGGUGGAUCCAGUGGAAGUGGUGGAUAUGGUGGAUAUGCUGCGGGUAGUGCUUCGGCUAGUAGCAGUUCUGGCGGUUGGUGGAAAGAUUAA